AUGAACCACUAUGUUGUUUUAUUUUGUGAAACCAUUAUCACAAUAGUUUUUUCCUUCUUAUUUGGUAUGGUUUUAAUUAAAUACUAUUUCAACAACAAAAAUGGCAACAACAACUACAAUAAUGGCAUCAACCACAACAAUGGAAAUGGCAACUAUCAAUCAAAUACACCAUAUUAUGAACAAAUUCCAUAUGAUCGCCCAGUAUCAGAAAGAGAACCAUCCAAUUACCCAACCUUCAAUAAAAGCGAAGCACGCCAUUCUUUUUCUGAUGAACCACAAUCAUCAAAUUAUACAGAAACAGAUCAUGGACAUAAAAGUGAACCAUCAGUCUACCCAACUUUUAAUCAAAAAGAAUCUCGUCAUUCUGUAAAAAAAGAACAAUCACCACAUGCUCCUCCAGAAUCAGCAACUUCUCCACCAGAUUAUCAAAAUGAGCCAAAUCAUACUUAUAAAAGGGAAGCAUCUAACUACCCAAAUUUCAACAAAAAUGAAGCUCGUUAUUCAUUUUCCGAUGCACAAAAACCAUCCAACUCUCCAGAAUCUGGUUAUAUUCAUAAAAGAGAAUCAUCCGACUAUCCAUCUUUUAACCAAAAUGAGUCGCGUCAUUCUUUUUCUGGUGCACCACAAUCACAAUAUUAUCCAGAAUCACAAUGUAAUGGUGCAAAUUCCAAUGGAGAACCACCAUGUGUAGAGGAGUAUGAUGAAUCAAGUGCAAUUUUAUGUUCAAACUCAACGAAUUCCGUUCUUAUAGACUAUGGGGGUUAUGUUUAUAAGAUGAAACAUAAAACUUUUGCAAACAAUUGA